AUGACCGACUUGGGAGGCACAGUAGGCUUCAAGAAGGCAGCAGCCUCGCUUAAGGACUGGGGCCCCAACCCUCAAAUAUGGACGACCUGCUUUCUCGCCUAUCUGGCCGUUGUGGGAUAUCUCUUCAACGGAAAACAUCCCAAAGCAGUUCCCAAUCUACUCAUGUUUAUGAGGCAGAUCCUGGACUUCGCCCAGAUUUAUCAGUGGUCCAUACAAGCUGGCCCAGGUUGCACAAUCAUCAAGAGGGACAUCAAGGAUGCCUUCCGAAUAGUCCCCGUUGCCGAGGAUAACCACCUUCUUGCCUUCCAGUGGACCGAUUCCACUUAUGUUGAAUGCUGCCUCCCCUUUGGCCUCGCAAUGGCCCCGUUUCUCUUCAACCUCUUCGCCGAGGCACUCCAUUGGAUACUCCAAUACCUCCUCCCUACAUUCCAUAUCAAUCAUUACCUAGACGCGUUCAUCGCAAUUACUCAGUCUCCCUCAGUGUCCGACCCCACAGGUCUUUUUGAUGAGGUUUACAACAGAGUCACCGACUAUUUACGCAUUCCUCGGGUUGUAAUAAGACAGAUGAUUUAA